CGCAAAUUGAAGUGAUACCAUGCAAAAUUUGUGGAGAUAAGUCCUCUGGAAUACACUAUGGAGUCAUCACAUGUGAAGGCUGCAAGGGAUUCUUUCGGCGGAGCCAGCAGAACAAUGCAUCUUACUCCUGCCCAAGGCAGAGAAACUGUUUAAUUGACAGAACCAACAGAAAUCGUUGCCAACACUGCCGGCUGCAGAAGUGUCUUGCCCUGGGAAUGUCUCGAGAUGCUGUGAAGUUUGGAAGAAUGUCCAAAAAGCAGAGGGAUAGCCUGUACGCUGAAGUGCAGAAGCACCAACAGCGACUGCAGGAGCAGCGGCAGCAGCAGAGUGGAGAGGCUGAAGCCCUUGCUAGGGUUUACAGCAACAGCAUCAGCAAUGGCUUGAGCAACUUGAACAACGAAACUGGCGGCACUUACUCCAACGGGCACGUCAUUGACCUGCCGAAGUCUGAAGGUUACUAUAAUGUGGAUUCUGCCCAGCCUUCCCCAGAUCAGUCUGGGUUAGACAUGACUGGAAUCAAACAGAUAAAGCAGGAACCUAUCUAUGACCUCACUUCUGUACCAAACUUGUUUACCUAUAGCUCUUUCAACAAUGGGCAACUAGCCCCGGGGAUAUCUAUGACUGAAAUAGACCGAAUUGCACAGAAUAUCAUUAAAUCUCAUUUGGAGACAUGUCAAUAUACAAUGGAGGAACUACACCAGCUAGCAUGGCAGACCCACACGUAUGAAGAAAUUAAGGUUUACCAGAGCAAGACAAGAGAAGCUCUGUGGCAGCAAUGUGCCAUUCAGAUCACUCACGCCAUUCAGUACGUGGUGGAGUUUGCAAAGCGAAUAACUGGCUUCAUGGAGCUCUGCCAGAACGACCAAAUCCUACUCCUUAAGUCAGGCUGCUUGGAAGUGGUUUUGGUGAGAAUGUGCCGUGCCUUCAACCCACUCAACAAUACUGUUCUGUUUGAAGGAAAGUAUGGAGGGAUGCAAAUGUUUAAAGCCUUGGGUUCUGAUGAUCUGGUGAAUGAAGCAUUUGACUUUGCAAAGAAUUUAUGUUCCUUACAGCUGACUGAAGAGGAGAUUGCCUUGUUUUCAUCUGCUGUUCUGAUAUCACCAGAUCGAGCCUGGUUAAUAGAGCCAAGGAAGGUCCAGAAGCUUCAGGAAAAGAUUUAUUUUGCACUUCAACACGUGAUCCAGAAGAACCACCUCGACGAUGAGACUUUGACGAAGUUAAUAGCCAAGAUACCAACCAUUACUGCACUUUGCAACUUGCAUGGAGAGAAACUACAGGUAUUUAAACAAUCUCAUCCAGAUAUAGUGAACACACUGUUUCCUCCAUUAUAUAAGGAGCUUUUCAAUCCAGACUCUACCACUGGCUGCAAGUGAAGGGGAAGAUAGAAUUGUCACAUAGUCAUGGAAUGCAUCACUGUUAAGACAAAAGAAAUGUUUUCAUGAAGAACUUAUUAAAAAUGUCACUACUGCAACACUAGGAAUGUCCUGCACUUAAUAGAAUUAUUUUUCACCGCUACAGUUUGAAGAAUGUAAAUAUGCACCUCUAAUUGGGGUUCUUUUUUUUUCUUUUGUUUACUUUUUUUUGAACUGACCAUGAAUAUACAAAUAUAGGACACUGGGUGUUACUUUCUUUUUUUAAUUUUAUUUUA